UGUCCAUCUGUCCUAAGGACAUGCGUGCAGACAUCUGUGUGCACCUCAACAGCCAGGUGUUCAACGAGCACCCUGCCUUCCGGCUGGCCAGUGACGGCUGUCUGCGCUCUUUGGCGGUGGAGUUCCAGACCACACACUGCGCUCCAGGAGAUCUCAUCUUCCACGCAGGGGAGAGCGUGGACACUCUUUGCUUUGUGGUUUCUGGAUCGCUGGAGGUCAUUCAGGAUGAUGAGGUUAUUGCCAUUUUAGGUAAGGGUGAUGUGUUUGGUGAUGUGUUCUGGAAGGAAUCCACACUGGCUCAUGCCUGCGCUAACGUGAGGGCUCUGACAUACUGCGACCUGCAUGUCAUCCGGAGGGACGCGUUACUCAAAGUGCUGGAGUUCUACACGGCCUUCGCCAACUCCUUCUCCCGAAACCUCAUCCUCACCUGCAACCUCCGCAAGCGGAUUGUUUUCCGCAAGAUUGUUGAUGUCAAGAAGGAGGAAGAGGAGAGGAGACACCAGAAAAAUGAGGUGACGUUGUCAAUCCCUGUAGACCAUCCUGUCCGCAAGCUCUUCCAAAAGUUCAAGCAACAGAAGGAGAUGCGCACACAAGGUUCAUCCCAGCAUGAGCUGGAGAGGAACCAAUUUCAGGUGGAACACCACCUCCAUCCGCUGUCCCACCAGAUUCAUCAGCAGCAAUAUCAGCCCCAGUACCAGGGCCACCAUCCUCUUCAACACCAACACGUGGCCCCGAUGCAAAACGGGGCCCCUGGCUUGGGAAAUGGGAACAGUGGUUCUAGCGUUGUGACCGUCUCGCAGAUAACCCCAAUCCAGAGCACCCUAGCCUACGUUCAGACUGAGGAACCGAACAGGAGUGAAGGCCAUGAGGCUAUGGAGCUCAAGCCCAGCUUUGGCGUAGAGGACUCAAAUUGUCUGAAGGUAACAAGUCCGGUGAGACCAAGAGGAGGAAGAGGACGAGGCUGGAUGCGUUUUCAUAACAUUGCAUCAGGAUCGUCUCCUAUGCUUCCGCUGGAACUAGAGAAGCAGCCGCAGCAGAAGGAAGAGGAGUGGGGGGAUGUAUCCCAGCCACUAAAUGUGAUCUCUGAAGAUGGGAAGAGCCAGGAAGCAGAAGGUGGGAGGUCUAACGAAAGGGGUCCCACUGGAAACGGUAACAGUAGCGAUGAGACUGAUGAGAAUAGUGCUCUACACAAGACUGAUUCUUGCGACAGCGGAAUCACAAAAAGUGACUUGCGUAUUGACCGGGUUGGUGAUUCACGGAGCCCAGUCGAGAGAUGUUCAAUGGAAAGGAGCCCAUACGAGCAGCCCAGCCCUGGAGUGGGUGACAUGACCCUUCGGGGGAUUAACUUUCAGCCUGUUCCCGAACAGACUGUGCUUCAAAACAGUCUGUACGAGGCAAAGCUGGAGCUAAAAGGUGACAUCCAGACAUUAAAUAGCCGGCUAGCGGCUCUGGAGGACCAGGUGGGGGAGAUUCUGAGACUUCUGUCGGAGAAGAGGAAACCUUCCCCACCUCCUCAGACCUCCUCUCCAAAAACCCCACUUCAGUGCCAGGACAUCUUUGCCGUUUCUCAGCCUGUCACUCCAGAAACAGAGGGGGACAAUGGACCCCUUUGAAUUAGGAUAAAUAUAUU